AUGACUAGCAUUGACAACGUCCCAGAGAUCGGCUAUGCAUUUCUCAAGACAUAUUACCAGAGAAUGCAUCAAGAUCCUACUAAGGUCCAUCAUCUUUACUCAACUACCGCGGAGUUGACACAUGUGGAUUAUCAAAACGAGUGGAAUUUAGAAGAUGAUCAGUUACCUACCGUCAAGCUCAUUGGUAAAGAGAAUAUAAGCAAGUUUUACACCAGACACAGCAAGAAAGUGCGCUCUCUUCAAGUCAAAGUUGAUGCGUGCGAUUUCCAAUCUGCGGGUCCCAAUAACGCGAGCAUCGUGAUACUGGCGGUGGGUGAAAUGUGUUGGACUGAUACUCCGAGCUUCCGGUUCUGUCAAUCUUUCUUGCUUUCUCCUGUUCCCAGCAAUCCUAAAAUUUACGAUGUGACCAAUGAUAUCUUGAGGUUUGUGCCACAAUCAAUUCUUCGAGUCAGCGACUUGAAGCCUGAAUGUGACAAUUCACCCGAAGAGCUUCGCGAUACAUUAGUAGAAGGGUCGGAUGAUAAGCCCGAGGAAACACCAGAAGAGCAGGUUUUAGCGCCACAAAAUUACCAAACUUCUGAAAAGUCGGGAGAAAGCAUAAAAGGAUCUGUCUUUGAGUCCGAGAAACCGCUAGAUGCACCCGAGAAUAGGCUGGUAAAAAAUGUGGAGGAAAACGUUGAGCAACCGAAAGAUCAACAACAACAGCUAAUUCAGGAAGGUGAAGCGAGUGAAAAACAAAUGAAUUCUUCAGAGCCGAAUGGGGAUUCACAGCAGCCGACAGAAGAUAGCGCUGAGGAAACUGAAACGGCGCUGCACGAAAGCGCGCCAUUGACGAGUAAUGAUACCACGAAAGAUAAAAGCAUAGAGUCCGAGAAACCUACAGCUGCGGAACCUACAAAGAAAAUGAACUGGGCUUCAAAGCUGGCCGCUGCAGAGUCCAAAGAUGUACCAAACGUCACAACCAAAUACAUUCGUGCCGAGCCAUUAGUAUCACAGCCUCCUAAAAAGGUGUCAGAGCGGAAAUCGGUGUCUCCUAGCGGCUUACCGAGAGACGCCAAAGAUAGUAAAAGCCUGAAGAAGAAGCAGUUUAAUCUCGUCAACAAAGAUGGUUUUUAUCCCGUUUACGUGAAAGGCACUGGGGGUGUUACUGAUGAGCAAUUGGUGAAAGCUCUCGAAAGUGAGUUCGGGGUUGUCAAAAAGAUUUCAUCUCAAGAGACGUUCGCCGUUAUAGACUUUGAAGACCAGCGGUGGCAAACAGAAGCCAUAGAAAGGGGCACGCUAAAAAUAAAUAACAUCGAAGUCCACAUGGAGCCGAAAACAAUACGGAAAAUUAAUUCCCCUUCAGCUGUAUCUUCUGCAUCUCCAUCGGGGCAGCGCUUCAGCAAGAAACACGCCAACAAAAGAAAAGCUUAA